AUGGCUAAUCUGGCAGCAGCUGGCUGCGUGUUCCAACCCACCGGCCGUGAGCUCAUCGGCCACUACCUCAUCCCCAGGGCGGGGCUCGGCGGCGUCUUCUUCCCCGGCAUCAUCGAGGAGGGCGUGGACGUCUUGUCCUUGCGCCCACGCGCGCUCUCCUUCCCGGAAAACCACAGGAGGGAUUACGGCGAGGUAUGGGGCUUCUUCUUCGCGGCAAAGCCCGCCGGCGAGACGUGCCCGAUGCCGGACGCGGGCGGGUGCUGGGAGCAGUACGGCCAGGAGAAGGCGUACUACGGCGGCGAGGGCGGCCGGGAGGCAGUGGCGUUCCGGCGCAGGUUCGCGUACCGCUACACAUGCAGGGACGGGGAGGUAAUAUCGCAGACGCGUUGGCGGAUGAAGGAGUACCGGCUCAACAGGAACGCGGCCGCCUUCCGCCGCGCGCACCCGGGCCCCGUGCCGCCGGAUGUCGUCUUCGUGGUCCACAAGGUCUACAGGAAGCCGCUGAUCCCUCCGCCGCCGCCGCCCGACAGCAGCUCCAGCGAGGACGAGGGCUCCGAGAGCUACAUCGUGUACCCGCAACUCGAUGAGAUCAUGCGGCGGUUAACGAUGGGGAACUAG